AUGAUCAUAUUACGUUCUAAUGAUAUGGGUUACUGUGUUCGAGUUGUGAAACGCAGUUUUAAACAUGGGACACAGAGAGCAAGAGUUGCAAGAAAGGAAAUCCUGGAUAACAGAAGAACAACAGGCCUUACUACCUCAAAUAGAGGCCCCCAUAUUGAAACGCAAAGUUCACCUACCAGUGUAAUUUUGAGUGGUUCUGGAAACGGCCCGCACCCUGCGAGUAAUAGCAUAGGUAAAAUUGGUAACCAAGAAGGGUCUCAACGGAGUACCAACAUUUCAGCCAGGAAACGAAAGACUCUUGGAUCACCUCCAUUGUGCGACUAA